AUGUCACCACCAACAUCAAUCUAUACAACCAUCCACCAACCUACAACUCAGCAGGUCAAGUUGAAGGUCUUGAUAGUCGAUGACAACCUCCUAAACUUAAGAGUCAUGAAACAACUCUUGAAAACCAAACUCGCAGAUUUCCUCGACCUAGACUCUCUCCAAACCGCCGACUCGGGAUUCGAAGCACUCGACCUCUUGCGAAACAAUGACUUCCAUCUCCUCUUCCUCGAUAUCUCGAUGCCCGGAAUAUCCGGAUUAGAGGUCUGUCGGAGGCUCAGGAACGAUAGCAGAUAUUCAUCCUCAAAACUACACAUCUGUGCCGUCACAACAGACCUAGCCGACUGGCAGGUUCAACUGUACAAAUCCAUAGGCAUGGACGGCGUGAUCGGCAAACCCCUCAAAAAUCUUGAUCUCGAGUUCGCUCUGAGAGCCUGUCUGGAUUCAGUCCUCUAUCAAAAUCAUCUCGAGACACUCCUCCCACCUGCCUUCUACUUCCGUCGUUAUGGCUCCCAACAGCUCCUACCUGAUAUCUUGCUUUCUCCGAUCGACGCUCCCUCUGAUCCUGUCGUAUCUCUUCACUCCUUGUCUACCAUCACCUCCACCGCUCCAUUAUUAACUUCCUCGAUCGGUCUCCAGCCCAUUCUGAGUUGUGACGACCAACGCAAGUUUCGACAACAGUCAGUUGUUAGUGAUAUCAGUGUGGCCGGCGUAUUGGCUUAUGAAGAACCCUCAACGUUCCGUCGGAUCCCUCGGCCGUGCCUCGGUCAACUCGACCUGGUCGACGAGACCCUCAUCUCGGCUUGUCGACCAUGCUUCGACUCAUUCGACACCAGUAGCGCAUCAGGCUCCAUCAUCACUUGCUCCUCCUCAGGCCCCAACUCGGCAACAGCAAUUGACCCCUUGAGCCCGUCUUACUGCUCCGAGGAUGAGCCCUUCGAGCACUCCAAGCGCUUCCCCGCCUUCCCUACCGCGCCCAUCAUCACCUCCACUCACGUUCCAUUAGGUCUGCGCUCACCCCGGAGGUGGAGCUCGCCAUUAUAUUCGGUCGGCUCACCCUUGGCCGAUGCCCAAUUGACUCAGGAAGAGAAAGACGUCUUUGCCGCCGGCUUUCAGGCCGCCAUGAAUAAUAUGGCCAUCGACCAAGCUUGUUCUCAAUGGGGCGAAAACUGUCUCUCGGCCACCACCCCCUCUGCAAACGAAUCGAGGUAUGGUAACUUGGAGCCUGCCCGUUCCUCCACGACACAGAACAUGUCCAACUGGGCCGACGAAGAUGAUGAGGCAGACGAAGAAAGAUUAGAGGAGCAGGAGGAAGAGGAGGAUGAACAGGACUCGUACCGUUGGGCCCGAUUGGCAGGUCCAAUCUCCUGUGAAGACACCAAGCUUUCAUCUGUGACACGCCAGCUGAUCUCCCGGCGGUCGCACCCGAUGCUACGUCUCAACAAUCUGGACCGAACACGCACCAGUGAAGCAGAGCCAAGGCCGGUCGAGCUCCGGCCCACACCCGAGCCGGAUUCACCCUUCAUGCGUAAGUCGAAAUCCGCGGCCGGACUGCCUAUCCGUCCUAGCUGGCAACUCGUCCAACUCAGCGCUAUCAAUUAUCAGUCCGUACUUAAGUCUGGUACGCUUCUCGACGAGGUCCUCUUCGGCUUGGAUCUUGAAGAUUCCCCUUAA